AUGCUUUCGGCCAACAAAGCACUUGCACUACUCGCUGCUCUACUGCUUUCUUCCGGAUCUGUGCCUUUGACAUUUGGACACAGUGGUGCGGUCACGCCUACACAAGAGGCCGCUCCGCAGGCCAAAGAGAAAGAGCUAGUGCGCGCUACCACUAGCUUCGUUGAUGGUCGCGACGGUGAACGGACCGAAGAUGAAAGGAUUUCGCUGGAGGAGUUGAUCAGAUUCGAAGGCAUCGCUGAUGAAGUCAAGGCCGACGUCAUGAAGUUCCUCCCGAUAUUCAAGUCUUACAAUGAGAGGAACAAGGAAGCGUUGGAUGUGUACUCCAAGAUGAAAAAGCUUGAAAGCAUGAGCAAGCGAAAAGCUUUUGCCUAUAGCGAACUUUACGAUGUGUAUUUGAAUAACCGUAGGGCUUUUGAAGCGCAAGGUAGGUAG